UCACAGUGAGAUAGACAGAGCAGAAGAAAAGAAGCAGAAGAGAAGUGAAGCUGAAUUUUAUUUCAGGAUGAAGAUCCUCCUCCUCGUCAUCCUCUACCUGAUUUCAGGUCCAGUAGACUGCUCUGAUGUGAUUGGUUACUCAGGUGGAAGUGUCUUUGUGUUCUCUGAUAUAAAUUGGUACAAACACAAUAGUAAAUAUAUCUGCAAAGUGAAUGAAAAAGACUGCACUGAUAUAAUACGUGUUGACACCAAACACCACAAAGUUCAAGAAGGAAGAUUCCUGUUGUAUGCAAACAUAGAAAACUUCUUCUUAGUAUUGAUCAGAAAGCUGAAGCCACAAGAUGCUGGAAUGUAUAGAUUUGGACUGGGGGAUCAGAGCAACUUGACCGUAAACCUAAAAAUUUAUAAUAAUACAUUUUCUGGGUUGCCCAAAAUAAUAAACGCUUAUCUUGGGCAGAAUAUUACCAUCACCUGUAACUAUCCAGAGGAGUAUGAGAGAAACACCAAAUAUGUCAACACAGUGGAUGAUGACAUUAACAUUAAUCGAAUUCUUGAUACUAACACAAAAUUUCAGAACGACAGAUUCUCUAUUUCUGAUGACAGAAGUGCUAAAGUUCUCAGUGUGAACAUCAGCGACGUGAGAGAAACUGAUGAAGUAUUUUAUUUAUUUGGUGUGUAUUAUGGAGACGGAUCAGUCAGAUAUAACACCUACUUUACACAGGUGUGGUUACAUGUUACAGAACUGAGCACAAAAAUUUCCCCAACAACAACAACAAUACCAACAACAACAACAGACACCGACCUGAUGACCUCAGCAGCACUGAUAGAAACUCCAUCUGCAGUGUGUUUCACUUCCUCUGUUAUCAUCAUCAUCAUCAGUGUGUGUGUCUGUGUGACUCUGCUGCUGAUCGGAGGAUGUGGGCUAAUGAUCUACAAAGUGAGACAGAAGAAAACACAAGAUUAUACACUUUCAUUCAAGAGUAAAGAGAAUAAACAACUUGACCCUGAUUAUAACACUUAUUCUGCUUCUGGGUACGAAAACAUUAAAACCAGCUCAAUGUAAAACUGCUCCAGAGAAAGAAUCAGUCAGAACUUCCUGCUUGAGCUGCUGAGUUUUUGAAGGACUGCUAGCCUUAUGUGUGUGUAUGUGUUUAGCAUUAGUUUUGUUUAAUAUAAAGUUGAUUGUUAGAAAUGUAAAUGAUCUAUAUGAUGUAUAAAGACAAAUCAUUAUGAUGAUGAUGAUGAUGAUGAUGAUGAAUUGCUUCUAAUUUUAUAGAGAUUAAUUAAUUGUUUCUUAACCAUGUAUCCAUCUUAUGCUCUGAUGUUACUGUGCUUUACUCUGCUCUGUUAUUAGAAGUUAUUUUAUUACAGUUUAAAUAUGAACCUGUGUCAUGAAUCUAGCUGAUAACAGGAAAGACCUUUGUCAUAUCAUCUCAUUCACAUUGAACGUUUUCUUUUGGUUAUGCUGUUGAUGCUUGAGAAGCAGCUCUACAGUCUAUAUAAUCGUGUAUCCAUGCUACAUGUCAAUGAAAUUCUCCUUUACUGUAUUUACAAAUCUUUAUUAAUAAAAACACACUAACAACCUGUGCUUUAAA